ACAGAUUGGUUACUUAGCUUUGCUAGAGUUUUAAUGACAUUUUUUAAAAAUUAUUGCGCUCCGAAUCAAUCCUUGAAGUAUGGCUGCCCUGGAGGAGGAGGAUAUCUUGGAUGACGAGCACUUGCAUUCAGUCCUUUCUUUCCCACCUGAAGUCCAAGAAGCAAUUGAACAGGUGCUCCCAAGUACAGACCCACUAGAUCGUCCAGACUUUAAUCCAGUAGAGUAUAUCAAUACAUUAUUCCCUACUGAGCAGUCUUUGGCAAAUAUUGAUGAUGUGGUAGGCAGGAUUCACUUGAAAAUUCGGAAACUCGAUGAUGAAAUAAGGACUGUGGUCAGAGGACAGACAAAUGUGGGAGAAGAUGGUCGCCAGGCACUGGAAGAAGCACAAAAGGCAAUACAGCAGCUCUUUGCCAAAAUCAAAGAUAUCAAAGAUAAAGCUGAAAAGUCUGAGGAAAUGGUCAAGGAGAUCACAAGAGACAUCAAGACUUUGGACCAUGCUAAAAGACACCUGACCAGCUCUAUCACCACUCUCAACCAUUUACAUAUGUUGGUAGGAGGAGUUGAUGCUCUGAGCAAUUUGAUAAGAAGGCGUCAGUAUGGAGAGGUGGCAAAUCUACUGCAAGGAGUACAGAAUGUACUGGAGCAUUUCCACAAAUAUAACAACAUUCCUCAAAUAAAACAACUUGCUGAUAGUGUAAAGCAGCUGCAGGCAGAAGCUGGACAACAGAUCAUCCAAGAUUUUGAGGAAUCUUUUCAGGGACCAGCUGCUAAGUAUGGCCCAACAAACCAGAACAUGCUAGCAGAGGCAUGCUAUGUUGUAGACGUCUUGGACCCUAGAGUGAAAAGGGAUUUACUCAGCUGGUUUGUCAAAAUUCAACUUUCUGAAUAUCUGGUGCUUUUUGGAGAAAGUCAAGAUGUUGCUUGGUUAGACAAAAUAGACAGAAGAUAUGCCUGGAUAAAAAGAACUCUUGUAGAAUUUGAAGAAAAGUUUGGAAGACUGUUCCCAGUUUCUUGGGAUGUCAGUGAAAGAAUAGUUGUGGAAUUUUGUGAAAUAACAAGGAAGGAGUUGUCAAAAAUAAUGGCCAGAAGAGUGACUGAUAUAGAUGUUAAAUUACUUUUGUUUGCCAUUCAAAGAACAACCAAUUUUGAGGCUUUGUUGGCCAAAAGAUUUUCUGGGUCUACUAUAACUGGUGAAAAGACUAAGCCAGUAACUGAGGCUACAGCACCAGUGGCCAGUAACCCAUUCGAGGAAUCGACCAAUCCAUUUGAAACAGAUGAUAGUGACACAGGAACAACAGAAGCCAACCCUCCCUCCUCCCAGCCUGCUAAACCCCAGCAGUCACCUUUCUUUGGGAUCAUAGCCAAGUGCUUUGAACCUCAUUUGAAUAUUUAUAUUGAAUCACAAGACAAAAACUUAGCAGAACUUAUGGAAAGGUUCCAACAGGACUUUAAGCAGAAUGGCAUCCCUAAAGUUGAGACUGAUGAAAGCAGCAUUAUUCUCCCCAGCUGUGCAGAUCUGUUUGUCUACUACAAGAAAUGUAUGGUGCAGUGUUCUCAGCUCAGCACAGGACUUCCCAUGCUAGGGCUCACAAAGACAUUCCAAAAAUACUUGAAAGAAUAUUCACAGAAAAUUUUGAUGAACAAUUUACCCAAAAUUUCUAGUCAAAGUAGUAUAACAUCAGCCAGUGGCUUAAUUCAGAGUAUACUGAAGGAGGGAGAGGUCACUAAAUUUACCCCUGCAGAGCAGUGUGUAGUCUGCAGUAUACUGUGUACUGCAGAAUACUGCAUGGAGACCACACAGCAGUUGGAGGAGAAACUCCAAGAGAAAGUGGAACCCUCACUCUCUAGCAAGAUAGGACUUGGUGCCGAGCAGGAUAUGUUUCAUAAUGUUAUAGUUCACUGUAUACAACUACUUGUCCAAGAUUUAGAAGGUGCCUGUGAACCAGCCCUUGUUGCCAUGAGCAAGAUGGCGUGGCAGACAGUGGAUGCUGUAGGAGACCAGAGUGGCUAUGUGACAAGCAUUACAUCACACCUUAAACAAAACCUUCCCAAUAUACGAGACAACCUGGCUGGCUCCAGGAAAUACUACACACAGUUCUGCAUCAAAUUUGCCAACUCCUUCAUUCCAAGGUUCAUAAAUAACCUAUUUAAGUGUAAGCCAAUAAGCACAGUAGGUGCAGAGCAGCUCCUAUUGGAUACCCACUCUUUGAAGACCGUACUUCAGGAUUUACCUUCUUUAGGUUCCCAGGUCUUGAGAAAAGCACCUGCCAGCUAUACAAAGAUCGUAGUAAAAGGUAUGACAAGGGCAGAAAUGCUUCUUAAGGUUGUAAUGUCUCCCCAUGAUCCACCACAAGGAUUUGUAGACAAUUACAUCAAACUUCUGGUAGAUACAGAUGCCAAUGAACUACAGAAAAUAUUGGAGAUGAAGGGUCUUCGGAGGAGUGAACAGAACACAAUGUUAGAAAUGUACAAAGCUCGACGCCCUGCACCCUCUGCUGUUCACACGGGCGAACCCACAGCAUCCCAUCAUGCAACCACCCCUGCUACACCAGAACAAGAAGUGAGCAGGAUAAGAAAGUUAGAGAAGUUGAUCAAGAAGAGACUAUGAUAACAGUUAAUGCCUGAUGAUUUAUUUUUUAUGGAUUAAGGGUUCCUAAUUGGCAGAAGUAUAGGAUACUUUUGUGAUAUGUGAUAAAUACUUUGAGGUAAAGGAAUUUUUUCAAUCGAAAAUCUUUGCGACAGUGUAUGCAUUUAAUUGAGUUUUAAAUUAUUUAAGUGGCAUACAAGUGCUGGAAGUUUCAAAUUAAAAUUCCAAAGUUGCAUUUUAAUUUUCUAACAAGGCCACGGUUUCAGUGCUUUAUAUCAGAGCUAUACAAUACAUGAACAAGCUUUUAUCAGCAUUCCUAACCAUUUGUCAUUAAUGUCAGAGGGCUUUAUUAGAGGGGUGUGAAUUAUGUUGCUAUUUAUUAUUAAAGAAGCAAACGGCCAGGUUACAUGUUGAAUUAAAUUUGUACUACCCAA